CGUCGCUUCUCAAUGUUUCACAAUGGCUGAAAAGAGGUUUGAAAGAAAGGUUACGUCCGUCGUUUUGCAGAACAAAAGACGGCCAUCCUCUAGUACAGCUGAGAAGUCCAAGAGAGUUGAAUUAAACAUUCCAGCAAAACAUGCCCCUGGUCCAGCAAAGACGCUCACAGAUGACCUUUUUGCAAAGGAAGAAAAGUACAAACUUGUAAAUGCAGAGCUGGAGGCCAAAACAGCAGAUUUAGUGAGGCAAGCAGAGCAACUUAUGCGGGAGCACAGUGAAGUUCUAUCAAAGCCAUUAUCUAAUGUCCUGUUCUCGGAUUUUGAAGAUGAUGACGAUUUAAGGAUAACAGAGUCUCAACCGUGCACUGUGCAGGAUCCUGGUGUGAAGGUCACAUCACAGGCACGAAAGAUUUCUGCUGGGAAACAAGGAAAGAAGUUUCACAGUAAAAGAGAAAUAUCAGAGGAGUGUCGUGUAGAUGAUGAUGCAGCUGCAGAAGAAACAGCUGAUUCUUUCUUGGCAAAGACUAUCCAGCACAUGGAGGACAAGAUGAGUGACGCUAGUGCUCAGGAAAAUGUCAUGGAUGAUGUGUCCAACGCUGAAGACAAUAUAGUAUCAGGUGCUUCUCAUGUCCAAAUACGAGUUUUUAAGGCAAAACUACGAAUUAUGCAAGAAGAACUGGAUCAGCGGUCAUGUGAAUAUUAUAAGAAGGAUGACGAAAAUGCUAAACUUAGUGCAAGAAUUAAGGAGCUUGAGGAGGAUCGAGCCAAACUUCAGAAAAACACAAACAUCUUGCAAACACAAAUUGAAAAGCACAGAGGUCUCGCUGAAGACUCUGCAAAAAAAAGUGAUGGUCUACAGCUGCAAGUGUCUGCUUUACAUAAGGAAAUAGAUAAUUUGAAUAGAUCCCAAAAACAAGCGGCAGCUGUGCACAACACUGUGGAGGUUCGUUUGAAUAGAGCAUUGGAGGAGGUGGAGAGGUUAAAGACUCAACUCAACCAAGCAAAACAGAUGAACAAGGACAAGAUAAGUGAGGAACAGCAGAGUAAAGAAAACUUACUUGCUGAAAAUAACACUCUUAAGAAACAGAAAGCAGAACUCAUUGUGGGUUUCAAGAAACAGCUCAAGUUGAUUGACAUUCUCAAAAAACAAAAGAUGCACUUUGAAGCUGCCAAGUUGCUGUCCUUCACAGAAGACGAGUUCAUGAAAGCUCUUGACUGGGGGAAGUCAUAAAUUCAAAGAUUUUCAAGACAAAAGGGUGCAUUGCUCCUUUUUUAAAAAGAUAAUUCUGUCUGUUUUGAAGUUACAAACUUAAGUUUAAAGUAUCUCAGAAUUUGACUGCAUAUUUUAAAAAUUGAGAAUUUGAAUUUAGUAUUUAAAUUUAGUCGUAGUUUCUUAAACACGAUCAGACUCUGUGGCCAGGUCUUUUGUUAGCAGAUUUUAGUGAAUGUACUGUCAAUAUAUUCCAAAUAAAAGCAUGAGUUUUCUUUUUUA